UGUACAAGCUGAACAAUGCACUUGUCUUAAGAACAGAGUGUUAGUAUAAUUUUCUCCUUUUGCGCUACUGUUUUCUUCAUUUAAUGAAACGACAGGAGAGCUGUCAUUUGGUUUCAAAGAAACGCCGUAGAUUAUGUGCCGGGGAACACAGUUUGUUAUGUUUGUGACUAUAAGCACUAUUGAAACAUCAUAUGUGUGCGUGUCUGUCGUUAGUUCUUAUGUCUGUUUCUCUUCAGAGUUUUACUUCAUUGAGUAAAGAAGGAUGUCACAGGAAAGGAUGUUGGAGGAAGUUGUGUCCCCCUUUCUUAUGCAGUUAUCGAAAGCAAGAGUUCAUUCGUUGACACUGGACGGGGAUAGUUUACCUUCAGAGAUCAAACUUCUGUUUGAAAAUAUCGAGAGAGAAGCACGUGACAUGGAGGAUGUACUAAAGCGGGUGUCUAGAUGGGAAAGUGAGAUUAUCAAUGACUUCGGAGGAAUUGCUCGGCAUUUAGAUGACAUCAUAGAAGAAGAUAGCCAGCAGCAAUUUGUACAUUCCAAGCUUCAGAUUGUGAACACCGAAAUGUCCAACUUAAAAGACCGCAUGAAAUUUCCUCUCCAUGUUCCUUUGAUCAAGCCAGCAGCUCCUGCGUUGUUAUCAUCAUCUUUACCGUCCAAAUUGCUGUCUGCAGAUGCUUCAGAGCAAUGGAAAAAACUGGAGAUUGAGAAGAAAAUCCUUGAGAGCUCCAUGAUAUCUAAUUUGCAGCUCAGCUAUUAUAAUCUUGAUAUUCAGCUGAAGCUGUGCUUGUUAUGCUUCUCUAUAUUCCCAGAAAAUUGCAUUAUUAGCAAGAGGGCUAUGAUCCAUUGGUGGAUUGGUGAAGGGCUAGUAGAGGCCACAAGAAGUCAGACAGCUGAAGAUAUUGGGAAGGAGUGCUUUGAGAGGUUAAUCACUGCAGAGAUGAUUGAACCUGUACGUCAUAAACGUAACUGUACUGUGAACCAAUGUACUCGCCGUGCUUGUCUAGUCGGAGAACAUAUUCAGGUAACAGAGACGACACCACUCAGAAAUCAGUCCAAUCCAGAUUACCUUCUUGCAAUAUUCAAUGUGAGCGAGCAAUACCUCCAGUUCGACAAGAAUUGGUUCUUGGAUUUGAGGAAGAUCGAAGUUCUCCAACUAGGUCGGUGGCAUAACUUGUACCGACACCAUAUUGAGGUUGACAGCACGGAAUAUUUGGAAGGGUUGCAGUCAUGCAAACAAUUGAAAUAUCUUUGUCUGCGGGGUAUCUCCCGUAUCACAGAGCUUCCUGCUUCGAUCGGCGCACUCUCAAAUCUCAGGAUCUUGGAUCUUCAUGCUUGUCAUAACCUUGAGAGGCUUACUGAGAGCAUCACGUCCCUUCAGAUGCUGACCCACCUGGACGUUUCAGAAUGCUACCUUUUGGAGGGCAUGCCAAGGGGCAUUGGUUUGCUUACUGAACUCCAAGUGCUGAAAGGGUUUGUCAUUGGUGGAUCUACAGGCAAGUACAAUUGUCAGGUAGCGGAGCUGGUCAGGCUGGGCAAGCUGAAGAAGCUUAGCAUAUAUAUUGGAAGCAAAGUUCUAGUGACAGAAGACGAACUGCAUGAAGUUGAGAACAUCAAAGCCCUUCGUGUGCUGACAAUUACAUGGGCUGUGUUGCUGUCAAAGAAAGGAGCGGAUGAACAAGAUUCAACAGCAACAGCAUUGUUAAAUUCGUUAUCCCUUCCUCCCCAUCUCGAGAAGCUAGACUUGCGUUGCUUCCCUGGUGAGAACAUACCUGUUUGGUUGAGUCCGAGUAGGCUGUUGAGACUACGGAGGCUCUACUUCACAGGAGGAAUGCUGCGCACUUUUGGAGAGAAGAGCAUGUCCGAGCAGUGGAACAUUGAGAUAAUGCGUUUGAAGUUCUUGAAUGACUUGGUACUAGAAUGGACCCAGGUGAAUGAGAUGUUUCCGAACCUGACCUUCCUGGAGGUAUUCAGAUGCAGCAACAUAGAAUCUUUCCCUUGUGACAAGGAUGGAGUGUGGAUGAACUGUGACACCCAGGAAACCAGAGAGUAGAACAAAGCACCAAAUCAAGCUUUUUCAUGUGAGCGCAUUGUCAGGAGAGUGAUACAUUAAUGGAAAGCAAGUUUGAUUAGAGUCUCUACCGAAGUUGUGCAAGUUAUGGUCAGUCUCCCUCACACAUGCUAUUUCAAAGCGUCAUGCAGAAGUUUGUUACGGCCUUCAAGUGAAAAUUUACUAGCCUUUUUAACAUUCUACAAAAUGUAUGUUUGUCUUGAAUUUUUGUCACAAUAUAUUUGUGAAA